AUGACCUGCCCAGGUGAGGAGGGUACACCAUUGCCCUAUACCGCAUCACCUGCGAGAUUACUAUGGAGCGACUUGGUUCUCUUCGUCGACAAGAUCUGGGCGCUACCAGGGAUCUUCCUGCCCCUGCAUCUAGGUCGCACCGGUCCGUGGGAUGAGUUCUAUCCGUCGUUGCGCAACGGGUUCAUUGUGGUGAUACACAUAUUUCUUAUGAUUUACCAGGUUGCGAUUCUGGUAUCGCUGCCAGUCAUGUUCCUAUUCAUGAUCCCCGCUCUUUGGAUUCUGGCGUAUUUCACUGGUGCACUGUUAAUCAACUAUGUGAUUGUCAUGGUUGGGCUGAAUGGUUUUCGGCGAAUUCUGGUGUCACAAGUGCCUGUGGCUGAACGGCCGUGUCAUGACCGGGAGUGUUGGUUCUACAUAAAUGGGAUUGCAGCUGGAUGUCGAUGGGCUCAGAUGAAUGUUGAUCAACUAUCCAGCACCUUUGGGAGAAGGAUAAUCGGUAUACAUAACCGCACCGCCGGUAUUGUCUUUGAUAUGAUUGAGUGUCUCAUUCAGCGAGACUUUUCCUAUGCCACGGGUGAUAUCCGAGACUCAUAUGCCUUGAUAAAGCAGGCUUUGUUAAACCCGGAAUGUGACAAAGUGGUCCUGCUUCUUCACAGCCAAGGCGGCAUCGAAGGAGGACUCGUCAUGGAUUGGCUUUUGGAUGAAUUGCCCCAUGAUCUCCUCUGUCGGUUAGAGAUUUUCACAUUUGGAUCUGCUGCAAAUCACUUCAACGCUCCCCGGUGGACGAAGUUGGCAAGGCCUGACAUAGACUCAACGACCGAUCUUGCGCAUCAACAUGGAAACCCAGUCGGCUACAUUGAACACUACGCUAAUGCAGCUGAUAUUGUGGCCUUGGGAGGCGUGCUUCACUUCGCGGACAUUCCAAAUCGAUUCAUGGGCCGCUUGUUUGUUCGUCCAAGCUCGGGUCAUCUACUAAAUCAGCAUUACUUGGACAACAUGUUUACCCUGGGCCCUGAUCACAGAGUGCUUGAGUCUAACCAGUUCAUGGAUAUGGAGGUCGAGCCAUGUGCCUCUGGGAUCAAUUCAUACCCUGAUUCUUCGCAUAGAGUCAAGUAUCGACCUAUAGCCCGAGACAAGGGUUUCCUUACUGCAUUGAGCCAGCAAAUGCAAACAAACGGCAUAGACGGAGUACUUCGUGUGAAGGAUUUUAGCCGGCUUUGGCAGUACAGAAAUGGAGAAUCGCCUGAAGGACUUACAUAUACGCAGAAACACUGA